CGUGCGAAUAAGAUGGAUAACACUCAUAACAGACUACAAAAAAUGAACAUUUUCUGAAACGCAGAGUUUGAACAAAUACACAGCGUCUAAGAGAGAGAUAACGAGCAAGACGUUGGUCGUUGCUCUUCUGGACAAGUUUGUUGGACAAUAAUCAUCAGAGGAGGAGUGAAUUUCUUUGUAUUUUGUUAUGCUACAGAUUCAAAAUGGAUCGUAGAUGGAAAUACAGUGCAGCAGAGUCAAGCAUGCGAGACAAAAAACACGAUAGGGAAGAGGAUUUAUAUGGUGAUGAUUUCCGCGAAGACUUUCGCUUGCCAAUCAACCACAGGCCUACUGAGAAUGUUGAUUUAGAUAAUGUUGAACAAGCAUCAGAGGACAGGAAAAUGUCAUCAUCUAAUAUCGGAUUCAAGCUUCUUCAGAAAAUGGGAUGGAAAGGAAAGGGACUGGGAAAGGAUGAGCAGGGUAUAACCGAGCCAAUAAAAUCAGGUAUGAGAGAUCCAAAGCUAGGGAUUGGAAAGCAAGAAGAAGAUGAUUACUUUACGGCAGAAGAAAAUAUACAACGCAAAAAGCUUGAAAUUGAGGUGGAGGAAACAGAAGAAGUUGCAAGAAAGAGAGAGGUGUUGGCAGAACGGGAGCAGAAAAUUCAGACUGAGGUGAAGGAAAUACACAAAGUAUUUUUCUGUGAUCUGUGUAACAAACAAUACAAGUUGGCUAUGGAAUUUGAAGCUCACCUGAGCUCCUAUGAUCACAACCACAGAAAGCGCUUCAAGGAGAUGAGAGAAAUGCAUGGUAGCAACCGUGAUGAUCGGCUGAAGCGAGAACAGCUACGACAAGAGAAGGAGAUGGCCAAGUUUGCCCAAAUUGCUGAUGCUCGCAAGCAGCAGCAAACACAAGAGCAAGAGCAAGAGCAAGAGCAAGAGCAAGAGCAGUCUGGAAGUACUCCAACAAAAGCUGGUACUGCACCUGUCGAUAUUGAUCAGAGGAAAGCAUUGAAGUUUGGCUUUUCCGCCAAAGGUGGCACAUCUAAAAGCUCAUUCAGUGUUGCUGCUAAGAAGCCAAAAGUACCAGUGGCCUCUAUCUUUGGCAAUGACAGUGAUGAAGAGUCCUGAUGAUUAUAUAUUGCAGUGGAGCAAAUACAUGGCUGUCUGAAUGAUGCAUCAGAUAACAUUUUCCCCGCUUGUUUCAGUUUUUUCUUUUCCGUUGUUUGGGAUUUAGAAUACAUGUGUGAGAAUUUAGAAAAUCAUCAGUGAUUGUUAUUUUGCAGUUUCAAUUGUUGUCGACUUCACCAUAUUAUGUGCCUUUUCUUAUAUCCAUAGUUGUUGCUGAGCCUCUUUCUAGAUUGUUUUGCAUCAAAUUUACGAGUCCCUUUGUUCAAGAUAUUCCA